AUGAUCAUCUCACAACAACCAUCGUCACUUUCAUUUGAUCACACCGUAAACAUUUUCAUUGCGUUACCUCCCGAAAUGAUUCUUCAAAUUUUUGAAUUUUGUAGCGGAAUGGAUUUACUUCAAUUAUACCAUACCAGUGCGAACUUGCGAAAAGAAUUCAUGAUGGAAUCUUUGGGAAAAGAUGAUCUUAAUGAGGAUUCGAAUCAUUUGCAUGAAACUCAAACCAUGAACGCGGUUUAUAAAAAGGAAUUAAUGAAAAAAAUAUUACCAUCUCGAUCUUAUUAUCAUCAAGCAGUAUUAAUGAUUUCUCCUCCUGGAAAUUUAAUAUUUAAACUCGCCUAUUAUGAAUUAUUGAAAGAACGUGCAGAGAGAUCUUGUCAAAUUAAUCAUGAAGAACCAACAACAACAACAACAACCAAUUGUAACACUUUGAGUGGAUUAAAUUUACCAUCCUUUGAAGCCAACAUCAGUUUUAUGAAUGGAUUGGGAUAUAAAUCUGUGAAAAUUGCAUGUGUUGGUCCUGCAAAAUGUGGUAAAACUCAAUAUGUGAAUUGUGUCACUGGUCAAUCGCCAUUUGAUAAUGAAAAACAAGGAGUUGGAGCGUUUGUUCGAAAUUUGAAAGUAUAUUUUCACUCAUACAUGUUCCAGUUAGAAAUUUGGGAUAUUGCUCGAUCGAAAGGAAUGGAAAGAAUUUUUAUGGCCCACAGUGAUUUUGUCAUGUUUUGUUUUGACUUGAACAACGAACAAAGUUUUUUCGAAAUGUGUAAAAUGAUCGAAGAAUGGAUGAUUGAUCGAUUUGCAAGUUUUCGUACGUGUGAAUUGAACGAUCACCUGCAUGAAAAUAGAAUGUACGUGUGCAUCAUUGGAAUGAAGAAUGAUUUGUCACGAAAAGUGUCCAAUGAAACGAUUCUGCAAUGGUUGAAUUCAUUUAACUUGGAGGAUUAUACGAAAAGUACUUCCAUGCGAGGUUUACGAAUACAAUAUUUUGAAUUAAGCACAAAGAAUAAUCGGAGAAUGUAUCUUCCACUGUUUCACAUGUUGAGAGCCAUGGAAAAUGACAUUGCAUAA